AUGACGACUUUUCAUUCUGAUGAUAAAAGUGUUCAAACUGAUCCUCGUAUUCGACAUGCUCGUUCAAAAUUAUUAGAAACAUUACAAGCAUAUGUAACGGCUGUUGUUCGUUAUCGUCAACAUUUAUUUAAACAAUAUACUCAAUCAAAUACACAUUAUGAACAACAUUAUAAUACAAUGCCUGAAUUACAACAAUAUGAAUAUCGAGAUUUAAUUAAUGUACGAAAAGAAAUUCUUAAUCGUUUCGAAUGGGUUAUUAAUGAACUUGAACAAACAAUCGAAAAUCUACAAGCACGUCGAUUAUCAGUUGCUGAUGCUCAGCGAUCUAUUGAUCGACCGUUAGUUAAAGAAGUAAUUGAAUCAUCUCUCAAUGCCGAUCUACCACCUGUUGAUGAACAUCAAACAAAUAUAAAUGAUCGACAACGACCUACACCAAGUGAAGAUGAAUGGCGAUUGUAUGCACGUGAUUUACAAGAUACAAAAGAAGAUUUAUAUUUUAUUAAUUCACUUGUUCAUCGUGGGAUCUCUAAGAUCGAUCGAUUGGUAACAUUUACAAAUCUCUAUACAUAG